AUAUGUACACUCAUACACGCCCACAUGAACACAGAGUUUAUAAGUGCUCUCGCUCCUCUUCGAAGAAGUUGAGAUUUUGGGAUAGGCUAUCCCCUGUCCGUUUAAAACUCUGCUCACCAACACAACGACUUUGGAUGUGCUGACAGAGGGUCCCGCCACAAUUUGGUUAAAGGUACCUUUCUGGAUGAUCUAAAAGCUGUUGCCCUUCGCCUUUGGUCUCUUUGUAUAUGCCCUAAGUGAUUUACCAACAUGACAACCAGCUGGUACCCAAACCAAAAGGCCAGUUGCUGGAACCCUUUCAGAAGCAUCAAGUUUUUUGUAUUCUGUCAGGGCUUUCUGCAACUGGCCCAGCUGAUGGUGUCGGGCUGUCUGAAGAGCUCCGUCUCGACCAUCGAGAGACGCUAUGGGUUCACCAGCCAGGAGCUGGGCCUUCUGGUGGCCUUCAACGAGGUGGGUAACGUGAUGCUCAUCAUGUUUGUGAGUUUCUUCGGAAGCCGAGUUCACAGGCCUCGCCUGAUUGGCGCCGGGGCGCUGCUGGCCAGCGUGUCCUCGCUGAUCAUAGCCCUACCGCACUUCCUGAGUCGGCCCUACCAAUUCGCGGCGCACCCUGGUAUAUCCACCAACAACAUAACCACUGGCCUCUGCCAAUCACGGAGCUCCAUCGCCACCUUGGCGUCCAAUCACAGCUGUGUGAAUAGCUACGGUCAAACUCAGCAGGGGGUGUUCCCUGUGAUGCUCCUGGGUCAGCUGCUACUGGGGAUCUCCACAGUUCCCAUCCAGCCCUUUGGGAUGUCCUACGUAGACGACUACGCCAGCAGGAGGAACUCACCGUUCUACAUCGGGAUUCUCCUGGCAGUGACCUCUUUAGGGCCUGCUGCUGGGUUCAUGAUGGGAUCUUUUACACUGCGCUUCUACGUGGACUUUGACAAGACACCCACAGACCAGAUCCAGAUCGACUCCAAGGAUCUGCGCUGGGUCGGCGCCUGGUGGCUGGGAUUCCUGAUUGCUUCCUGCCUCCUCUUCCUCACCUCUUUGCCCUACCUCUUCUUCCCUCGAACCAUGGCCCAAGAGUCUGUCACUCCCGCAGAGGAGGCUAAAUCAAAGGAGGAGAAACAGCUGGAGGUGGUCCAGACCGCCUCCCUCAAGCAGUUCCUCAAAAGUUUUCCAAGAAUCGCCCUGAGAACCUUGCAGAACCCUGUCUUCAUGCUGAUGUGCCUGGGCCAGGUGUUCUGUGCUGGGAUCAUCGUGGGUGUCGUCACCUUCCUGGCUAAGUUCAUGGAGCGUCAGUUCAACCUGACCGCCUCCUAUGCCACCAUGUUGAUAGGGGUGGUCCACAUGCCCGUCUGCGUGGCGGCCAUCGUCAUCGGAGGGGCGGUAAUGCGCCGGCUGGACCUGUCCCGUUCUGGGGCAGCCAAGUGGUGCUCCCUGGCCAUCAUCUGCACCCUGUUCGUCUCCGUCCCGCUCCUCUUCAUCGGCUGCCCCACCCAGCGUGUGGCCGGGGUCUUCCCCACCAGCAGGGACGGGAGCGAGACGGCGUGCAGCGGCAGAUGCGAGUGUCCCCAGGACGCGUUCAACCCCGUGUGCGCUUCUGACGGCACCGAGUUCAGAUCCCCCUGCCACGCCGGCUGUAUCGCCAUGGAGACGGACAGCAGCAGCCAAAAAGUCCAGAACUACACCUCUUGUGGCUGCGUGACCGGUGGGGGUGGAGGUGGUGGCGGUGGUGGCGGCGGCGGCCGGCGGCGGCGGCGGAGGUGGCGGCGGUGGAGGCGGGUGGCGGGCGGCGGUGGCGGCGGCGGUGGAGGUGGGGGGACGUGUGGCAGCCGCUGCGCCCACCUCCUGGUGGUCUUCAUGGUGCUGUCGGCUCUCACCUGCUUCAUCGGCCCCACCUGCAAAGCCCCCUGCUUCUCCACCAUCCUCAGGUCUGUGCCUCCAGAGGACAAAUCCUUUGCGGUCGGGGUCUGCUACAUGCUCUUCCGGGUCUUAGCGUUCCUGCCGACGCCAGUCAUUUACGGAAGUGUCAUAGAUAGCAGCUGCAUUCUGUGGGGAAGGAAGUGUGGAAAAAAGACUUCCUGUCAGUACUACGACUUGGACUCCUUCAGACAUAGGUUCUUCAGCCUGCUCACGAUGUUCCUGUGCCUGGCGCUCUUCUGCUUCUUGAUGACCAUUCUGGUGCUCCGGAAGCAGGCAGGAAGUCUGGACAAGAAGCAAGGAAGUGAAAGAGAAUACAAGCUUGUUGGCUGCAGUGAUGGAGCGCGCAACGGCAAGGCCGAGCUGGACGUAGUGGAGGGGGGAGGGGGGCAGAGGAGCUGAGCUGACGGAUGGAGUGUGUGUGUGUGUGUGUGUGUGUGUGUGUGUGUGUGUGUGUGGUGUGUGUGUGUGUGUGUGUGUGUGUGUGUGUGUGUGUGUGUGUGUGUCAAUGUGAGUGAGUGUGUGUGUGUGUCUGUCUGUCUGUCUGUGUGUGUGAGUGAGGGAGUGAGUGUGUGUGUUGUAUUUUUUUAAAAGCUUCAAAGAAGCCUGUUUAAUGUCCUGAAUACAUCGGUGACUGUGAUGUUGUGGCCUUCGUUCAAUGUCGAGUAAAGACUUGGGUGGCCUUUGUUGAGCUUUAGUAUUGUAAUCUCUUUCAACUGAAGUAAUUGAGGCCAUUUAUACAGUAUAUCAUUGGAAAUCAUUGGCAACAGCAGCAUAGCAACAGUUUUUCAAGGUUAGCAGCAAAUUCCGAUGUUGUCCACUCUUUAUCUUCUGUGACACUCAACAUUCUGCUAAAAAUUCUCUGUCCAUUCUCAGACCAUUCACUGAAAGUAGUAUCAGUUUGAGACUUUGAAUCUCAAACUACUACAUGUUAGUGGAUCAGCUAUUACAUUAUACAUUAUAGCAUAUCAUGCUAAUAUUGCGAUUAAGGUUGCAGUUAACUGGUAGUGGCGUCUUCUGCAUUUGAGAGUUCUUGGGAAUCUACAAUAAAAGAGUGUUUCUCAUUCCGACCUCUUCAAAAUACAUGGUUCUUUCCAUGGGUGUGACCCAUAACCUUAUGCAUGUUUAAACCAAUGGUUUAUAUCUGGUGAAUAGUUAAUUUCCACCAAAGUUGUCUGUAUUAGUUGUUAUAGAAAAACAUUCACUCCGUAUUACAAAAAAUAAAUCAUUGCUUCCACCAUGGAGUUUAAUUUAUCGUCCUCGUCUGCAUGGCUUCAAACAUGAAAUCUCAAAAAGUAAUCAAAAAAUCCCCAGAUGUGAUUAGGUAAACUUCCUUGUGGUAGCGUGGCAAUCUGGAUCUGUUGCUCCUGGUUCGGGAAGAGGCUUGGAAUAUCUGUGAUCUCAAGUGGGGGCUGCCGGCCAACGCACAUCUGUUUCCCUUCGACUCCAUGCUCUCACUUUCAAAUUCCGAUGGCACAACAAAAGAAGUUGUGGUGUCGUUAUGGAAGAAGACUAACGAUCCAAUCAUGGCACAGAGAAAGUACGGGUGUUCUGCCAAGACUCACACUCAUGUUAAAACGCAUUGUACGGUCAAACACGUUCUUACUGUUAGUGAAGGAAGGCCAAAGGUAUUUUAUGUAAAUGCUGCAAACGUUACGAGCUGGAGCAGGAUCAGGGAUAACAAAUGAGAAAGAGAAAGUUGUAACUGUGGAUCAGGUUUCGACAUGACAACAUCUGUGAAGGGACAGAGAAUUGUGGGAAUACUUUGGGAAUAGAAGGUUUUUGAGGAAUUAGGAGGGCUGGCCCAAGUGUAGCAACAGGAUGUUGCGGUCUAAACAAACAUAAUUUAUGUUAUCCAUUGAAAGGAAAGUGCAUAUGAUUUAACAUCCUUCAUGUCAACUUAACGCACUGGCCUUUUCCGAACUGCAAUUGAAAAGUUGAGACAUUUCUGUUUUUUUCUUUAAGUCAUUUGCAUGAUUUUUGAAAAACAGAACUAAUUGAGAAGUGCCUCUGGGUACAGAGGCUUAUAAGGUAACACGCUCUGAGGACGGUUGAAUUAUGCCUAUCAUAUGAAGGACUGGUUCAACUGGUAGGCUGAUCGAGCUAUAAUAAUAAUACACUUGAUUCAUGUCACAACAAAUCCAAUUCAAGUUUUGUCUUGACCAAUACAUUAUUGGAACCUGCUGACAACGUCUGUUGGUAUGGAUCACUGGGAACAUAAUGCAUGGGAUGUUUUGUUGCUAUACAAAAUCGCCUCUUUUGUUUUUUAACAAAGGUCAUAAAAGGUUGUGCAAACAACACUAUUGAAUAGUUAAGUAUUAAAACGUGCAUAGAUGCCGAAGCACUAGGUUAAUAAUUGUGCCCUCCAUCUCGUUAGACCUGUUCUGGUCUCUUGAAAGAGUUUAAAACAUCUUGGGUGAGAGGGAGUGGGUUGGUGUGUGUGGGAGUGUAUGUCUGGGUCCUGUAUUUAGGGGCGGAGACUGACGAUGAGGGCUGAGGGCCUGAAGCAGUGCGGCUGUGUCCGUAGCCAUAGCUCUUAAAUGGUCGGCAUGUAUCGAUUUUAGUAGCAUUUUUUCUAUAUUUUUAUAUGCAAUUUGUGUAUAUUUUAUAAAAAUAUGUAUAAACGUCAUUCGACAAAAUACA